AUGAAUAUCUUCAGGCUAUUAGCUGAUUUUUCCCAUCUCUCUUCAAUCUUUAUCCUUUUACAGAAGAUGAAGACUUCAAGUAGCUGUUCUGGGUUGUCAUUUAAAUCACAGGCACUAUAUUUGAUAGUGUUUAUCACUCGCUACCUUGAUCUGUUUUGGAGUUUUACGCAAUCGCUCUACAAUACCACCUUUAAGAUCCUGUUCAUAGCGUCUUCGGCAUACAUCAUCUACCUCAUGCUUAACGACUACAAACCAACCCAUGACCCCAAUCUCGAUACAUUCAAAGUUCAUUAUCUUCUCGGGUUCAGCGCUUUGUUUGCCCUGCUUUUCUCACAUGACUACAGGAUCUCUGAGAUACUCUGGACCUUUUCGAUCUGGCUUGAAUCUGUCGCCAUUCUGCCGCAGCUUUUCAUGUUGCAGCGAACUGGAGAAGCAGAUACCAUAACUACCCAUUAUCUCUUUGCUUUGGGCAUGUAUCGUGCCCUCUAUAUCCCUAAUUGGCUGUAUCGUUAUUUUGCAGAGGGCCGCCGCUUUGAACCCAAUCCAGUUGUGGCAGGUAUAGUCCAGACACUUCUGUAUUCGGACUUCUUCUAUAUCUACUAUACCAAAGUCAUGAAAGGAAAGAAAUUCUCGCUUCCUGUUUAG